CUAAUUAAAAACGAAGAAGGUUAAGGAUCACAUGGAAAUACGUAUCCAUUUCGCAGUGCUUGUGAGCAUCUGUUUGGGAGUUUCCCAGUCCGUGGAGGAGACAGCUAACAUAGAGAUAACCGACCUGAGCCAUAUCUGCAAUGGCCGUGCGGAGGAUAAUUUGGUGCCGCAUCCCUUCAACUGCAAUGCCUACUUUGCCUGUUCCACGGUUCCCACGCUCUUUUAUUGCGAUCAAGGAUUGAUAUUUGAUGAGGAUAGGUUGGAAUGCGAUGUUCCCGAGAAGGCCCAUUGUAGUUCCAUGAAUGCUCAAUUCACCAGCACGAGCAGUGGACCCAAUGGAUACUUGGACAGUGACACUGGGAUUCAAGCUAAUAUUGAUAUCGAUUGGUGGGAGCAGAAGCCACAGCCAAUCUUUGUUGCCGUCGAUGUGUCCACUGGAGAAGCUGUUAGUCCCAUGGAGAAGUACGAUCCGCAGCACAUUGAGUGCCGUCACUUUGGCGCUUACUUCUUGCCACAUCCCAAAAAUUGUCAGUUGUACUUCAUCUGCGCCUACGGACAUUUGCAUCGUCAUCAAUGUGGAAUUGGCACGCUUUGGAACUAUAAGAGCUCCGAGUGUCAGAUAAGUGUGAGAGCCGAAUGCUAUGGCAACAGCAACAGCAACUUACAACCAAGCAAGCGCCCCAUGUUGCAAACAGCCAAUACACCCAGUACAACACCUGGUCAGGUUACCGUCUGUUACAUUGUGAGCACCAGCAGCAGCUUAACCAGCGAGCGAGAGACGACGACAAGUGUGACUGCCCCAUCUCCAACACGUGCAUCGCAGAGUACACUCAUUUGUCCAUCGGAGCGUCAGAGCUAUCUGCCACAUGCCACAGAUUGUAGCAAGUACUACAUUUGCAUUGCUGGCAUGCCGGUGCUGACUUCCUGCCCCAAGGGCCUCUUUUGGGAUCAGAAGUCGGGAUACUGUGACCAAGCGAAAAAUGUCAAGUGCUUUCAAAAUGAGUAAAUAAAUUGGUCAUUACUUCAUAUAAUUUGAAUCCCUAAACAAUUUCGACAAGAAUACUGCAUUUUGAAAACAGAAACUGGGAAAACAAAACUAGGAAGCAUUUAGUUUGGAAAUACAAAUUCGGAAACUCAUAUAAAGAAAUUCAAACUAGGAAUAAUAAAUUGACAAAAAUGA